AAGACACUUUAAACACGACUGCCAUGAUGUGAUAUUCAUUGUUAUUAAUUCAUUUUCUUUGUUUAGUGGGAGCGAUAAUAACGUCAUUAACACCUUGUACUGUACACCAGUUUCAUUUUCACUAUAUUUAUGACUUUUAUACCAAUAAUAUGUAAGAUUUUAAUUUUUGGUGUUAAGUUUUUGCACCAAAAAAGUGUAAGAGAAUACGGUGCACCUGAUAAAAUUUUCUGUGUUGAGGGUGGUGGCAGCGGUAGAUGGUCGACUGAGGGCGGGGCGAUGGGUGUGAUCGCCUACAGGGACUUGCUUAAGAUCCGUGAAGGCGUCAAGAUUUUCUUCAUCCAUAAUGACGGUGUUGUCACCUCCCCCUGGAACCGUCCCUUCCUCGCCGCCUCUAAAGAUACAAACUGUUCGUGGUUCGUGGGUGAGGGCGUGGUGUUGCGUGUGGGCAACAAUCUGUGGUCGUGCCGGCUACACAGCAAGUCAACCCUUGUGUUACACACCUUAUCUGGCGUCUACAUGUUCAAAGACGCUGCUGGCAAACCUGACUGCAUGGCUGUGGGUGUACGGAUACCGUCACAGGUGAGAAAGGUUCAGCACCAGCUCCUGGCAAACAUCCUGAACGAGAACACACUCCUGGAGGACGAGCGACCCACAGGCAUCACCAAGGCCAUCUCCCAGGGAGCAUUGAGUGCAGCAACAAGAAUGAACCAGUUUGUGGAGGAGAAGUCCAUGACCACGAAUAAAGCCUUCAUCAGGAAGAACUCCAUCAGGGCGCUGAAGGGAGUGUCGAGACGUUUAAACAGAGUAGCAGAGCGUACAGGGAGCACUAUGACGGAGCUGCCGGCUGAGUAUAACAAACUACAAGAAGCUGCAAACAUGCUUCACUUCAGUCGCACCGCCAAAACAGUCCAGUAUAUUUGAUUUUGAACUUCCAGUGAUCUUUACACAUUACGAGACAUUCAUACAACAAUAAUCUUUCUGGUCAUUGGAGUGGAAUCAGUUAUAAAAUAUAAGUCAAUGAUAAUAGUUGAUAGUAUUUGGAAUACAGUCAAAUUAUGCUUCUAAUUUACCAUAUGUAACACUUAAGAGGUUCACAACUGGAAAAUAGUUCUUCCUUCAAGACCUUACUGUAUAUAUCAGCAUAAAUAUCAUAGCAACUGUGUGAGAGUAGACUAAAAUAAUUUAGGUACUACAUUGCAUAAAAAUAGGUGUGAUAUGAUUAUUAACAUGAUUCAACAAGUGAUGUUUCCACAUUGCUGUACUUGGUGCUAAUGAUUUUAACUCUUGAUUACAAACAUACUCAUAUUUCUUCACAAGUUCCAAUGACAAUGUUAACACAAAAGUAAUCUAGCAUUGAAACUCCUUCUUGUACAGAUUUGGUGCUAAUGUAAAAUUUACACACAUACUGUACAGUAGAGUACAAUGAAACAGUUCAGUACAGUACAAUGAAACCUUCAUAUAACAUUAUUUUCUCUCCAUACAAUCCAAUAGAUGGGAGUUUCACAUCUAAUGGACCUUGGACAUAACAGACUUUCCUCUCCAUAUAAUUCGUUGAAUAGAGGUUUGCAUGCUUGUCGUGCUUUUAUUAUUUAAAAUGAUUAAGUCGAGUGAAAACAACAAGUGGCAAUACCUCUUAUAUGUAUCUAUCACUGUAUGUAUUACAUGUAUCAUUUUGUAUGUAUGUAUGUCUGCAGUAUAGCUUGAAAAUGGAUAGAGUUGCAGAGUUUUUAUGUAGCAAACAUAAUACACAUUUACAGUCACCUUGAUAAUGACUGCAGUUGCUGUGUUAAUUGACAAGAGUCAUCACAACUUUGAGAAAUUCCCUGUAUGUACAGUAUGUAUGUCCACAGCGUACCUUAGACCCUUCAGUACGAUGACUUAACCUCUUCAGUACGAUGAUUUAAUCUCGAGUACGAUGACUUAACCCCUGGAAUAUGAUGACAAUCUCUUGAGUACAAUAACAUAAGUUAUCGUACUCAUGGUAUUAAAGAUGUAAAGACCAGCAGUGUUCAUACUUGGAAUAAAUGUAGCCCAAAGGGCUAGUAAGCUGAUAAGUGGCAAAAAUUAUUAAAAAACAAAACAAAA